CCCGGCCAUGGCGCAGCCGGGCCCGGCUCCUCAGCCCGACGUUUCUCUUCAGCAACGGGUAGCAGAAUUGGAAAAAAUUAAUGCAGAAUUUUUACGUGCACAGCAGCAGCUUGAGCAAGAAUUUAAUCAAAAGAGAGCAAAAUUUAAAGAGUUAUAUUUGGCUAAAGAGGAGGACCUGAAGAGGCAGAAUGCGGUGUUGCAGGCGGCGCAGGACGACCUGGGGCAGCUGCGGACGCAGCUGUGGGAAGCCCAGGCAGAGGUGGAGAAUAUCAAGGCCAUCGCCACGGUCUCUGAGAACACCAAGCAGGAAGCCAUCGAUGAAGUGAAGAGACAGUGGAGAGAAGAGGUUGCCUCGCUUCAGGCUGUGAUGAAAGAGACCGUGCGCGACAUCGAGCACCAGUUCCACGUGCGGCUGGAGCAGGAGCGUGGCCAGUGGGCGCAGUACCGCGAGUCCGCCGAGCGCGAGAUUGCUGAGCUGCGGCGGCGGCUGUCCGAGGGCCAGGAGGAGGAGAACCUGGAAAACGAAAUGAAAAAGGCUCAAGAGGAUGCCGAAAAGCUUCGGUCUGUGGUGAUGCCCAUGGAGAAGGAGAUAGCGGCUCUGAAGGACAAACUGACAGAGGCGGAAGACAAGGUUAAAGAGCUGGAGGCCUCCAAGGUUAAGGAGCUGAAUCAUUAUCUGGAAGCUGAGAAAUCUUGCAGGACUGACCUGGAGAUGUACGUGGCUGUUCUGAACACCCAGAAAUCCGUCCUGCAGGAGGACGCGGAGAAGCUGCGGAAGGAAUUGCAUGAGGUGUGUCAUCUCUUGGAGCAAGAGCGACAGCAGCACAACCAGCUGAAACACACAUGGCAGAAGGCCAACGACCAGUUUCUGGAGUCGCAGCGUCUGCUCAUGCGGGACAUGCAGCGCAUGGAGGCCGUGCUCACGGCGGAGCAGCUGCGGCAGGUGGAGGAGCUGAAGAAGCGAGACCAGGAGGAGGAUGAGCAGCAGAGAUUUCACAAGCGGAAGGACCCUGGCCGAGCGGACGCGGAGGAGGAGGGGAGAGCCCCGGCGGCGUGCGCUUUCCCGCACGAGGAGCCUGCGGCCCAGCUGUCAAACGAGGAGGAGCAGCUGGACAGCACCCAUGGCUCUGCACACUCGCUGGACGCGGACUUGCUGUUGCCGUCUGCAGACCCGUUCGGCAAGUCGGACGCGGACGUGUUUAAGGACGGACUCAGGAGGGCGCAGUCUACGGACAGCCUGGGGACCUCCGGCUCGCUGCAGUGCAGAGCACUAGGCUACAACUGCAAAGCAAAAUCUGCUGGUAACCUGGAUGAGUCGGACUUCGGGCCGCUGGUGGGAGCGGACUUGGCGCCUGAGAACUUCGACACGGCGUCCCUUGGGUCGCUGCAGAUGCCGAGCGGGUUCAUGUUGACCAAAGAUCAGGAGAGAGCCAUCAAGGCCAUGACGCCUGAGCAGGAGGAGACCGCGUCUCUCCUCUCCAGUGUCACCCAGGGUGUGGAAAGUGCUUACGUGUCCCCCAGUGGUUACCGCCUGGUCAGCGAGACCGAAUGGAAUCUCCUGCAGAAAGAGGUUCAUAACGCGGGGAACAAACUCGGCCGACGCUGCGACAUGUGCUCCAACUACGAGAAGCAGCUGCAGGGUGUUCAGGUUCAGGAGGCAGAGACCAGAGACCAGGUGAAGAAGCUGCAGGCCAUGCUGAGGCAGGCGCACGAGCAGCUGGAGACGACGGCGCGGGAGCGGCAGGAGCUGGAGGCUGCCCUGAGCCGCAGCGCCCACGACGCUGGCCACCAGAUCUCCGCACUUGUCCUGAGAGCCCAGGCGUCCGAGAGCUUACUUGAAGAGUUACAGCAGGGCUUUUCCCAGGCGAAAAGGGAUGUUCAGGAGCAGAUGGCGGUGCUGCUGCGGUCGCGGGAGCAGGUGGCGGACGAGCUGGCCAGGCUGCAGAAGGACAACGACAGUCUGCAGGGGAAGCACAGCCUGCAUGCGUCGCUGCAGCAGGCGGAAGACUCCGUGCUCCCGGACACUCUGGAGGCACUGCGGGAGCUGGUCCUCAAAUACCGGGAGAGCAUCGUGCACGUGCGGACGGCGGCGGAGCACACAGAGGAGAAGCUGAAGGCCGAGAUCCUGUUCCUCAAAGAGCAGAUUCAGGCGGAGCAGUGCUUGAAGGAGAACCUCGAGGAGACCCUGCAGCUGGAGAUCGAAAACUGCAAGGAGGAGCUGGCUUCCGUGUCUAGCCUAAAAGCUGAACUAGAAAGAAUAAAAGUGGAAAAGGCACAGCUGGAGGCCACCCUGAGGGACAAGUCGCAGCAGCUCGAGGGCUUCCAGGAGCUGAAGGUGACUUUGGAAGAGCAGUUAAAGAAGGAGACGGCGGCUAAGACAGCCGCGGAGCAGCUUGUGUUUGAGGAAAAGAACAAGGCGCAGCGGCUGCAGACAGAGCUGGACGUCAGCGAGCAGGUGCAGAGGGACUUCGUGAAGCUCUCGCAGACCCUGCAGGUGCAGCUGGAGCGGAUCCGGCAGGCGGGUUCCCUGGAGCGGAUCCGGGCCAUCCUCAACGACACCAAGCUCACCGACAUCAACCAGCUCCCCGAGACAUGACGCGCGCAGCAGACGCCGGCCCGCCACCCUGGGAUUUUACCUCCUCUUUAGAGCAACGUUAAUUAUUAUUUAACUCUUAACUGAAGAAGUCACGAGGAAGGAGCCUGCAGCCACGCUUGCUUCUGGUGGGAGAUGAUGCUGCGGCACGGGAGCAGCGACCGGCCGGGGGACGUGCACGGAAGGACUUCCUGUGGGGACGGACGGACACGCUGGACUCCGGGGGGCUGGGGUCCGCUCGGUGGCGGAGGAAGUGCCGCUUUCUCCAACGUUCUCCUGCCUUCAAAGUAACAUCCCGAUCGUGUUUGGAAUUACGUGUUCUGUCCUAGACCCGGGAGGAGCGCACCGGUCACCGUGUUCAGCUCUGGAGGGGUGUCGUGUGCCGGACAAGUAUUUUAUAUUAAAAUAUGCAGCUGGAGAGCAGGCCGGCGCUGGGGACUGCACUGCUCAGCUCAGCGCGUUUCUCUCUUUUUACUGUCCUGUCUUGUGUCGGAGGACCUUCAGCGCGACAGAGACCUGCCUGAGAACCACGGGACGGUGGCGACACCACCGACGCAGGCGCCGACUUGACUGUGAGACCCGAGGGCGUGCGGGGACGCCCGCACAGGAAGCCGAGGUUCACGGAGAAGCACAAGAGGCCGCGGAAGCACUUCCUGCCCCUGGACGCGCUCUGCGGGCCCACAGGUACCAGGGUUAAGCCGAGCGGGCACGUCUGCUCUUCCGAAAACUGUUUUAGUUUAGUUAUUGGAUCAGUGGAAAAAUAAUAUUAAUAAAACGAGCUCUGUCUGACAUCUA